AUGGGAAGUUCAGAUUCAGAUGAUUUUCAACAGUUAAACGAUCUACAAGAAAUAAAGAAUGUUGAACCAGAACAGAAUCAAAAACUGGUAAUUGAGAAUCAAAUGGAUAUUUUUUCUAAAAUAGGACCUAGUGAUAUAACACAUAUAGUCAGUGAUCCACCAACACAACCAAUUUUAAAAAAUUACCCACAGUCUAAGUUUGGGAAAGAAUGGAGACAAUUCCGUCCUGAAUGGUUCAAAUCAUAUCCUUGGCUUGAAUACAGUGUAUUAGAUAAUGCUUGUUAUUGUUUUCCUUGUAGAUUUUUUUCUCAUAACUCUGAUAAUUCACCAUUUUAUAAAAUUGGAUUCAAAAAUUGGAAAAAAGCUCUUGAUAAAAAUGCAGGAAUUAAAGGCCAUAAUAAAUCUUGCAUACAUAAAACUUGCAUGACGAAGUGGGAAGGGUAUAAAAACUCCAAAAAAACAAAAUCAAUUUUAACAACAUUAAAUGAGGCUAAUUUAUCUUUAAUUAAAGAAAAUCGAUAUUACAUUUCAGUUAUUUCAGAAAUAUUAUUGUUCACAGCCUGUCAAAAUAUUGCACAACGAGGUGAUGAUGAAGGGUCAGAAAGCCUCAAUAGAGGAAAUUUUUUAGAACUUCUAGAACUUUGUGCUAGGAGAGACGCAAGAUUUAAAGCUAAAAUAGAUAUAUUACCAAAAAAUGCGAAAUAUACUCAUCAUACUAUUCAAAAUGAUUUAUUUUAUGUAAUGAGUAAAUUAGUUUUAGAAACUAUUGCGAAAGAAGUUAAAGAAGCCAAAUAUUUUGCUAUUCUUGCAGAUGAGACAAAAGACGUGAGCAAAACUGAGCAGUUAUCUAUUAUGGUUCGUUAUUAUCAUAAUAACAUAAUGAAUGAACGAUUUUUAGGGUAUGUUCCUUGUAAUGAAUUAAAUGCGAAGGCUCUUUUUGAUUACAUAAAUAAAACACUGUCAGACUGUGGAAUAAAUAUUAAAAACUGUAUAGCUCAAACUUAUGACGGUGCAAAUGUAAUGAGUGGUAAACAAAACGCGGUUAGGUCAACUGUUCAUACUAAAUUCAUAGAACUUCAAAAUAAAUUAUUACCGAAAAAAAAAAUUAUGGAACUAAAAAGGAUUUGUGAAACUCGAUGGAUAUGUCAAAUUUCUGCUUGUAUCGCUGUAAAAAAAACAUUUCCUGUGAUAUUACUUUUAUUACAUCAAAUAAGCCUAGAAUCCAAGAGUGAAAAAGAAAUGGAAGCUAAAUCACUAUUAUUUCACAUUAAUUUUGAAUUUAUAUUUUGUCUCUACUUAUUUUGUGACACAUUUAGUGAGAUAAAAAUUGUGUUAGAUUAUUUACAAAAACCAGAUUCAGAUUUGGGUUCUAGCUGUCUACUAGUAGAAUCAUUAAUUAAUUACCUUAUGGAAUUUAGAAACACCUCAAACAAGUUUGAAGAUCUUUUGACAGAAGUGGAAUUAUGUGCACAAAAAAAUAAUAUUCAACUUCCUAAUGAAACAGUUAAAGAAACAAGGAUUCGCAAACUUCCUAAACAAUUUUCAUCAUAUAUAACUGAAGUAACAACUUCUGAAAGUAGAAAAAUUAGUAAUAAUAACGAUAUAAAAACAAUGAUAUUUUUUCCAGUCCUUGAUAGAAUGGUUAGUGAACUCAAUAGAAGAUUUUCAGAUCAUAGUGAAAUUUUAACAGGUAUCAGCGCCCUUAUCCCAAAAUGUGACACAUUUUUAAAUUUUACAAAUAUCAAACCGUUAGCUGAACACUAUAAAUUAGACAUAGAAAGCUUAGAAUCAGAACUAACACUAAUUACAAAACUGAUUAAGCGACAUGAAGCUGAAAACGCGUUUUCUGAAAUGUAUAUACUCUGUAUUAUUUCUAUUAUCAUUCCACCAUCUAGUGCUGGAGUUAAAAGAACUUUCUCCAGUUUAAGACAAAUUAAAAAUUACAUGAGAAAUAAAAUGACUAAUAAAAGGCUUUCAAAUAUAGCAAUUUUAUCUAUAGAAAAAAAAAUUGCUAAGAAUUUAGAUUUGGAAGUUGUUGUGGAUAAAUUUGCAGCUAUUCACAAAAACCGAAGAAUAUUAUUAACUUGA